UUUGGCUUUUGAACGUCGGUCGGUUCGGUUCGCCGCAGAGGAAUCUUUAAAGUGAAUACACGUGCAAUCACGUCCGUUUCAUCCCGCUCAGUGUGCGUAUAUUACGACCAAGCAAGCUGCGAAUUAGCAAUUCUCCCCCGUCGACAACCGACAUCCUACAUCCUACCCCCCAAUUCGAUACGGAAUUUGCAUAUCCUGGAAGCGUCGAGGUCACACAGCGGUUGCAGUUGCCACACGAAAAGAGAACACCAGAAGUACGAUCCAGAGGAGGAGGAGGAGGAGGUGGUGGUGGAGGACGAGGACGUGGACGAGGCACCAGGAGGAGGAUUCUUUGACGUUUAAAACCGCUAAAGCGGGAGGAAGGCCGUCACAUUGGAAGGAAAACGGCUUUUUACGGCAGUUAAUAAAUUUUUAACUGGUUCAACAAUUGCCCGCGAGUUCCGCCAGCUAAUGACGAGAAACGCGGCAGUGAGUGGCGAUGAACCCGACGAGGAGCACACACCUGAUCAGCCGCUGGAGGGCAACGAUCAGGUGGUGGUGGCCACACAGACAGGAUCUGGCCAGGACAUGGAGGCAGGAGAUAGUCAUGCCACAGCACCACCAUCGACACAGCAACGCCGUCAGAGGCAGAGACCUCGCAAGAAAGAAACAAUGACAAAGCGAGCGGUCAAGUCAUCAUCAUCAUCAUCGAAAACACAACGAAGUGCUGCCAUGGAUGUGGAUGUGGACACCGAUUCCAGCUCAUGUGAGGGAGGCACCAGGAGACGCACUCGGGUUAGCUAUGCCCAAAGAAAUCUCAAGGAAAUGGGACCAGAGGAAGAGGAGCAUCAGGAGGAGCAAGACGAAGAUGACUACGAGGAGGAGGAGGACGAAGAUGAUGACGAAGACGAAGAGGAUUUGGGAGAAGGCGCCGAUGAGGAGGAAUCCUACGAUGAUUACGAGCAAUCCUCGAGGGCAGGAGAACGCCAUCGUCCGCCGGUUCAAAGCACCCUAAGUGUCCGCAGUAGACGUAGUAAGACGAAAAGCCGCCAGAUCUCUUAUGCCUCAGAGGAUUUGGAGCUAGGAGGUGAAGGUCAAUAUCCCAUGGAAUCGAAUGAGUCACAGGAUAAGAGACGUUGCAUUUCCAAGGGACAAAUGCGAGAAUUUCGUGAAGCCUUUCGGCUCUUUGACAAGGAUGGUGACGGUUGCAUUACCAAAGAGGAGCUGGGCACAGUGAUGAGAUCACUGGGACAAUUUGCACGAGUUGAGGAACUGCAGGAAAUGUUGCAGGAGAUUGAUGUAGAUGGCGAUGGCAAUGUCAGCUUUGAGGAAUUUGUGGACAUUCUGUCCAAUAUGACAUAUGAGGACAAGUCUGGCCUGUCCUCUGCCGAUCAGGAGGAGCGGGAAUUGCGUGAUGCCUUUCGCGUUUUCGAUAAACACAAUCGGGGUUAUAUCACAGCCUCCGAUUUGCGAGCAGUGCUGCAGUGCCUCGGCGAGGAUCUCGAUGAGGAGGACAUUGAGGACAUGAUCAAGGAGGUGGAUGUGGAUGGUGAUGGACGCAUCGAUUUCUAUGAGUUUGUCCAUGCCCUUGGGGAGCCGGAGGAUUCGCAGGAGAAUGAUGAUGAGGAGGAGAAUACCACAUCGCCGCUGCCCACACCCAAGUCGGCCAUAUCACUCACCUACGAUUGAGUUGGGAAACCCGUUUUUUUGUCUGUGAAUAAUCGCGAUAUCUAUCAAUAAACAAUUAACAAAUUAUCGAAAUGACGAGCCGCGAUUGUGAAAACUGCAAUAAUGUGAACCAUUUUCGGUGUUCAUCAAUAAUAUUAACACGACUCAUCUCAAAAGUUAAACAAAUUAGUCAACAUAUUUUUUUGUUCUCGAUUACUAAGCCAUUGUUAAUCGAUAGGAUAUCGAUUGACCAAUAUUCAAUAAAUUUAGCACAAAACGCACACAGCUAAUACAACAAGUACGAAUAUAAAUAUAUAUAUAUAUAUAUAACCUAUUGAUUAAUCGAAUGUCAAAACUUAACCGAUAAACGAUUUACUUUACAUCGAUAUAAAAAUAUAUAUUUAUUAUAUAUAUUUAUUAAAAUAAACUUAACAUUAAAUUAAUUAAUUAAACUCUCGACUUCGAAUUGCUCGCGAUCUCUCUUACCUUUCUUAAGUCCAAUUUGGAGAACGAAACUACAAACUACUCUUAGCUUGUAAUCGAUAACGAUAACGAUAGCCUACCUAGUUCGGACUCUUGCACAUAUCCAUGAAAUAACUGAACACGAAUGCAUAUAUACAUAUAAAUAUUUCAAGACAUAUCAUUGAAGACGCCUCUGUAAAUGUGUUUUGGGACUGACCCUACCUUCCUAUCCUUCCUUUAUAAAUAUAUAUAUAUACCCGAUAUAUAUGCCUCUCCUCUCUCUGUCUAUCCUGUUGCUUUCCCUUUCCCUUUCCCCACUUCUCUUCAAAUCAAAUCCCUGAGUAGGAAUCGUGUAAUAUGAAUAAAUUGAUUUAAUUAGGAAAUAUUUGCUCAAUUAUUGCUGCUGCCGCAGAGCAAAAGUAACAAAACAUACAAAAAUAAUACAAAAUAAAUACAA